AUGACCCUCUCCGGUGGCGGCAGCGCCAGCGACAUGUCCGGCCAGACGGUGCUGACGGCCGAGGACGUGGACAUCGAUGUGGUGGGCGAGGGCGACGACACGCUGGAAGAGAAGGACAGCGAUGGGGGCUGCGACAGUCCCGCGGGGCCGCCCGAGCUGCGCCUGGACGAGGCGGACGAGGUGACGCCGGUGGCACCCCACCACGGGCAGCCUCAGCCGCCGCACCAGCAGCCCCUGGCACUGCCCAAAGAGGUGGCUGGGGCCGGGGCCGGGCCAGGGGGCGAGGCGGGAGCAUCCGAGGCCGACGGCUGCAAGAGCGGCGCUGGCGGCGAGGAGGGCGGCGGGAGCGGUGGCGGGCCCGGCUCCGGCAGCGGUGCGGCGGGCGGCCUGGCCCCGAGCAAGCCCAAGAACAGCCUGGUGAAGCCGCCCUAUUCGUACAUCGCGCUCAUCACUAUGGCUAUCCUGCAGAGCCCGCAGAAGAAGCUGACUCUGAGCGGCAUCUGCGAGUUCAUCAGCAACCGCUUCCCCUACUAUCGGGAGAAGUUCCCCGCCUGGCAGAACAGCAUCCGCCACAACCUCUCGCUCAACGACUGCUUCGUCAAGAUCCCCCGUGAACCGGGCAACCCGGGCAAGGGCAACUACUGGACCCUGGACCCUCAGUCCGAGGACAUGUUCGACAACGGCAGCUUCCUGCGGCGCCGGAAACGCUUCAAGCGCCACCAGCAGGAGCACCUGCGUGAGCAGACGGCGCUCAUGAUGCAGAGCUUCGGCGCCUACAGCCUGGCGGCGGCGGCCGGCGCCGCGGGGCCCUACGGCCGCCCCUACGGCCUGCACCCUGCGGCCGCGGCCGGUGCUUACUCGCACCCGGCGGCCGCGGCAGCAGCGGCGGCGGCCGCGGCUCUCCAGUACCCGUACGCGCUGCCGCCCGUGGCCCCCGUGCUGCCGCCCGCCGUGCCGCUGCUGCCCUCGGGUGAGCUGGGUCGCAAAGCGGCCGCCUUCGGCUCUCAGCUCGGCCCGGGCCUGCAGUUGCAGCUCAAUAGCUUGGGAGCCGCCGCGGCCGCCGCAGGCACGGCGGGCGCCGCGGGCACCACGGCGUCGCUCAUUAAGUCCGAGCCGAGCGCACGACCGUCGUUCAGCAUCGAGAACAUCAUCGGAGGGGGCCCCGCGGCGCCCGGGGGCUCGGCCGGGGGCGCUGGGGUAACUGGGGGCACCGCGGGUAGCGGAGGCGGUGGCGCCGCGCAGUCCUUCCUGCGGCCGCCCGGGACCGUGCAGUCGGCAGCGCUCAUGGCCACGCACCAGCCUCUUUCACUGAGUCGGACGACGGCGACCAUCGCGCCGAUUCUGAGCGUGCCGCUUUCUGGACAGUUUCUGCAGCCUGCAGCCUCCGCUGCCGCUGCUGCCGCCGCCGCAGCUCAAGCCAAGUGGCCCGCUCAAUAGGGACGCGCCGGUGGCCGGGAUGCGGGGCCUGGCGGCGGCCUGGAAUCUCGGCUGCAAUUUGCAAGCUGCGCGCCCCGCCCCGCUCCUGGCCCCCCUGCCCAAUCCUGGACUCUGCCUCUCUUCCAUUUCCUCCCCCCCGACCCCCAACACCGACCUUCGGCGGCCUCCACCCAGUCCUGCACACCUAGGCUGGCGGAGCAAACUCUCACCGCGCGCCCGCGGGGAAUAUCUUUCCGUACAGGUAAAACCGAAAACCGAUUUUUCCGAAACUGUACCCGGACGGCCCCUGCUCUCAGUACCUGGGGGAUGAGAGGGAAAUUCUUUGUACAUAUUUGUAUAAAAAUUAUUGACUUUCCUUUUGGGGUUUUUAUUUUUUUAAGAAAAAAAUUCAGUAGAUUUAGAGCUCUGAACUUUCAUUUUUUCUGAAGGUUCACUCUCCGCAGUUUUAUGUGAGAAUGUAUAGAGACGUUGGGAGAUUUUAAAUAUAAAAUUUUCAGAAGACGAAAGUCAUUCUAUAUAAAAGUCUGUUUAUAUAUAAUGAAUAUAUAUGGUAUUCUAAAUGUUAUUCCAUCGUGUUGUACACAACUUUGUAAAUAAAAUUUUUAAAGGCUCA